AUGACUCUGGAGAAUUAUUUGAUAGAUGAAGAUGGGGCUGGAGACCAUUUUCCAGUGGGUAUGCGUGUUUUGCUUGUUGACGAUGAUCAACUUUGUCUCGAAGUGUUAGGGAACAUGCUUCGCAAAUGCCAGUAUCAGGUUACUACAACUAUUCAGUCAAUUGAGGCAUUAGAUAUGUUGAGGACAAAUAGAAAUAUGUUUGACCUCGUUAUUACCGACGUAAAUAUGCCACACAUGGAUGGACUUAAGCUACUAGAGAUAGUGGGACAUGAAAUGGACAUACCUGUCAUAAUGUUGUCAGAAUUGAGUGAUAUAGAGGUCGUGAAGAAAAGUGUUAUACUUGGCGCAUGUGACUAUAUAAUUAAACCUCCUCGAAUCCAAGUACUGCAGAAUAUAUGGCAACAUGUAGCGCGAAGAAAGAUUGAUUGCAAAGGUCAAAAUACGCACUUCAAUGAGGAGAAAGCAUGCAAUAUAGCGGGGGAAGGUAGUCAAAGUAUAAGUAAUGCUGACCAUAAUCAAAUGCAUGGUAAGAAAAGGAAGGAACCGUGUGUGGAAGAAGAAAAUGGUGAAAUGAAUGCAAAAGAGAAUGAGGAACCUUCAAAUCAAAAGAAGCCUCGUUUAAAAUGGAAUGAUGACUUGCAAACAAAAUUUCUUGCUGCAGUCAAUUCACUGGGCAUUGAUAAGGCAGUUCCUAAGAAAAUACUUCACUUGAUGAAUGUUGAAGGUCGGAAACACUUGGAAACAUCCAGCCGUGCAUGUUUUCUGCAAAUCAAAGCUCAAGUUUAUCACAGGGAAUUCCACCAAUUUCAGCAGAGCAACUAUAUAACUAGUUUUGAGCAGUUUAGUUCAAUUGAUGGGUCAAAUGGAUAUGUGGUUUCCUCUAACUUUCCUGGCAAUUCUUCACUUUUGGAUGAGGUUUUAUAUGAAGAUCAACUGCCUCUGAAUAGCUUGAAGUUUUCCUCCUCUAAUUCUCAUAUAGGGAACAAUCCAGUUGAUUUUUCUUCCACAAGUGCUAUUGGUAUUCCUUUGGAGGAUGCUAGAGGGGAGCUGCAAUGCAAAGAAGGCUUACUUGACAAUAUCUUAAAGGAUUCAAGCAAAAAGAGAAUUGAUGCAUCCUUGGUUGGCCAACUGAGUGAGGCUGCUCCAUCAAUCACCCAAUCCACAAAAGUUGAUAAAUCCUAUUUAGAUGCAGGAAUGAAGUCAAAUGAUGCCUACAUUUUGCAGCCCCAAGAAGAACUCACCGAGGAGGAUAUUUUUGGUACUUUACAUGACAUAGUGAGUGAUAUUGGUUAA